AUGCCGCCUACCAAAUCACAAAAAGCCGCCAAGGUCGCCGACACUGGAGACGACAACCAAGGUUUCGUCAGAAAGCAGAGACAGAUGCACAAAGCAGCUCGCCGGAGUGAUGCCCGGAGAAAGAUCGAAAAGAACCGUGAAAGUAGGCACAAAGAAUUGCAGGCACGCAUCAAAGUCUUGAAGCGCGUUGCGCCUGUCCAGCAAUCCGGUACCCGCGGCGACACCGACGCGCCAAGUUCUGACCAGACUGCCUUCGAUACUCUUCGGAGCUUGCUCGCUCGCAAGACGGCCAUCGAACAGCGUAUCGCGCAAACUAUCGACGGUCUGGAAAAGGCCAUGGGCACCACUUUUCGCGAGUUCCAAGUCGUCCUCGCUUCGCGCUCCCAGCUUCUCUCAAGUGCGAAUGCGCCUGCGGAUGCCAGUGCAGCAUCAACCGCCCUCAUUCCGAAGUCUUGA